GCAGAGAUUUAUUAAUGGAAGGGCAUUGGGUUUUCAAAACUUCGUCUGAUAAAAAUGCAAAAGUGGCCGUUCUAGGAGUUUUCUUUGACCUUGGAGAAAAUGAUGAACCUAGUUUGAAACCUAUUGUGGAUAGAAUUAAUGAUAAACCGUUAGGAGUCGGUGAACAUGUUAACAUAUUAAUGUCAGCAGGAAAACAAAUAUUUAAAAAGGUUAAAACUGUUUAUAGUUAUAUUGGCAGCUUAACAACACCACCAUGCACCGAAGGUAUUCGUUGGUUUGUUUCUCGAGAUGUACUAAGUAUUAGCCCAUCCCAAUUUAAAUCAUUUAA